UCCAGUCGAUAUAAAAAUGUUCAACUGUUGUCAUAGAAAAAUAGAUAGAAAUGAAAGCCAUGGGGAAAUGCGAAGGCGCACGGGAAAAUUAUCGCAACCGGUGAAAAACACAGAUUUAAGCGUUGUUCCUGUUAUUCCAAAAACGCCCGAGUAAGUAGAGGAAAAUUAAAAAAAAAAUACAAAACUAUUUUUUUAGAGAAAAAGAUGCCAUCAGGAAGGCCAUACAAGAGAAUGAGUUUUUGUCAGAUGUUCUGCAAGGAAAUCGGUUGAAUAGUGUGGUGGAUACGAUGUACUUAAGAGAAACAAAUGAAGAUGAGGAUAUAGUUAGAGAAGGGGAGUUUGGAAAUCAGCUUUAUAUUUCGUAUGAGGGGAAAUAUUCGAUAUUUAAGGAUAAUCAAAAAAUUGUCACUUUUAAUGAUAUAAGGGUGUUCGGCGAACUAUCACUGCUGUACAACGCCAAACGAUUGGCUUCUAUCCGCUCGAUAUCGAACGGAAAGCUAUGGGUCCUGGACUGCAUCGUGUUCAAGGCGCUCAUCGUCAAAACAGCGCUGGAAGAGCAAACGGAGAUGAUAGAGUUCCUGCAGAAAGUCCCGAAGCUCAACGCGGUCAGCGUGGAGCUGCUGAUGCGGGUGGCGAAUCUAUUCCAGGUGGAGUUUUUCCAGAGCGACUUUGAUAUAGUAACGGAAGGGGAAAAUGCCGACAAGUUCUACGUGAUCAGAGCGGGCGAGGUGGAGGUCAGCAAGAGCGCGGAGAAGCUGGACGUGGUGCUGGGCAAAGGGAAAUUUUUCGGCGAGCUGGCCAUACUGAAGGAGGACGUUCGGCAAGCCACGAUAACCGCAAAAAGCCCCGGAGUGGAAUGCCUGACGCUGUCCAGCAAGCAAUUCAUGGACCACUUCGGGGACCUGGAGGAGUUCAUCAACAUCAAACUAUCCAACGAGUACACCCCUGUGCAGGAGAUCAGGGAGUUCAACGAAAUCGAGAUAUCCGACUUGACCCUCGUAACCACCCUGGGCGCGGGCGGUUACGGCAGGGUGGAGCUGGUGCGGCACAAAAAAGACGCUAAUCAAGUUUUCGCCUUGAAGUACAUCAAGAAGGAGAAGGCCGUCAGCAUAGCCGCCCAAGAUCACAUCAAGAACGAGAAAGAGCUGCAGAUGAGUUGCAAUUCCAAAUUUAUCGUUAGAUUGUAUAGAACUUACAAGGACCCAAAGUACGUGUACUUCUUGUUGGAGUGCUGUUUGGGGGGAGACAUGUUCAAUUUGAUGCGCAAAAAAUUUCCCAAAGGCUUUGCAGAAACCGCGUCUAAAUUCUACGCCGCUUGUGUGCUGGAGGGUCUCGCGUACCUCCACGAAAGAGGCAUCGCGUACCGAGACUUGAAACCGGAAAAUAUCGUGGUGUCAAGUAAUGGCUACAUAAAAUUGACGGACUUCGGCUUCGCCAAACUCAUGGACAGCAAAGAUAAGGCGUUCACUUUUGUGGGUACUCCGGAGUACAUAGCGCCGGAAAUCAUCAAAAACGAAGGGCACAACAUAGAGGUUGACUAUUGGGCUUACGGUAUUUUUAUCUACGAGCUGUUCACCAGCAGGACUCCGUUUAGAAGCAGGGACCCGAGCAACUUGAAGACCUACAGGAUGAUCUUGCAGGGCAUAGAUCACGUGGCAUUCCCGAACACCAUCCCAAGCAAGGCAAAGCAGAUUAUUAAACAGCUGUGCAGACCCAAAGGCUUCGAACGACUGGGGUGCCAGAAAAACGGCAUCAAGGACAUAAAAAGUCACCACUGGUUCGGGAAUUUUCACUGGGGAGCUCUCAGCGAGAGGAAACUGCUGCCCCCCUUCAAACCUGAUCUGAAGAGCAACACCGACACGAGAUGCUUCCAGAAGUUCCGAGGCGACACCAGCGUGCCGCAAGACGAGUUUUCCGAUUGGGACAAGGAUUUUUAAAACGAACAUAUUUAAGAUAUAAAUGUAUUUAAUAAACGAUCUACUACAAACUAUUUAUGUGUAUUUGUUAAGCGAACUUAUCGUCCCAUCCAGAAAAUUCUUCUGGAACGAUUUCGGUGUCUUUCUUGAAGGUUUCGAAUCUGCUUGUGUCUGUACUACCCGACAGUUUUGGCUUGAAUGAUGAGGGCAUUUCACCGCUCUUUAGUUGGGCCCAUUCAAAACCGUUGUACCUAAAAAUGAUCAGAUCA